AUAGUUCGCUAAAUUGGAGCUUGAUUGGGGGAUACUCAUGGCGGCCAAAGAUCAAAUCGAUGGACUCAACUUCCAGCAGAGGCAUGGAAAGGAGCGGGUGAGAGUUGGUAGAGUCUGGAGACACGGAAAAGAGGGCCCUCACUUCUUCGUCGAAUGGAACGUCAGUAUCACUCUCCUCUCCGAUUGUAUUCCCGCCUACGUCCACGCCGAUAAUUCCGACAUCGUCGCAACCGAUACCAUGAAAAACACUGUAUAUGUGAAGGCAAAGGAGUGUUCAGAAAAAGUUUCUGUGGAGCAAUUUGCAAUUAUACUCGCUAAGCACUUUACAUCAUUCUAUCAACAGGUGACCACUGCAAUCAUCAAGAUAGUCGAAAAGCCAUGGGAGCGUGUCAGCAUAGAUGGUCAACCCCAUGAUCAUGGUUUUAAACUUGGAUCUGAGAGACAUACGACCGAAGUUUUUGUAAAGAAAAAUGGCGCUUUGGGGGUGACUUCUGGUGUUGAGGGAUUGGCAUUGCUGAAAACAACAAAAUCAGGUUUUGAGGGUUUUAUACGCGAUCAAAACACGAUACUGCCUGAAACACGAGAGAGGAUGCUUGCUACCGAGGUCUCUGCAUCAUGGAGAUACCAUUUUGACUCUCUAUCAAGUGUUAGCAUGGAUCCCUUCACUGAAACAUACUUGGAUGUCAAGAAGGUUUUAGUCAACACUUUUUUUGGUCCUCCUAAAGAAGGCGUGUACAGCCCAUCUGUUCAGGCAACUCUUUAUUACAUGGCGAAAGCUGUUCUUGGCAGGUUUCCAGAUAUAUCAUCAAUCCAGUUGAAAAUGCCCAACAUUCAUUUUCUGCCAGUAAAUUUAUCAAGCAAAGACAAUCCAGUUAUUGUGAAGUUUGAAGACGAUGUGUACCUGCCGACAGAUGAACCACAUGGAUCAAUAGAAGCAAGCUUGGGUCGCAUCCAUUCCAAAAUGUAGUCGGUUCAUGUUCCAUUCUCUUCUUCCAUCUUCAAUUUCAAAGUGUGAUGUGUAAAUUAUGUGUAAAAACGAUAUAAAUAUUCAAUUUCAGUUUAUCGUUCUUGGACGAUUGGAUACAGUUGCUAAUAAAAAACGACUUAUUUUGGAUA